UUAUGAGUUUGUAAUGGUUUGACUCUCUUUAUAAAGUGCUUCCUGGUACAGUCAGCCCACAAAGCGUUUUUUUUAAGCUCAGAACUCAUUUCCAUUUUUAGGACUAAUAAUUUCUGCUAUUCAUAUGUCACUGCAAGUUGCUGUGUAUGACAGUUAACUAUUUGUGUUUGACUUCCUCUGGUUUUUCAGGUUAUAAAAACACCAAAUGAUGUUUUGUCACUCCCUCUAAAUUGUUGAAGGAGGAGUAAUUUGUAACCUUAAAUCAUUGUGUAACCACAGUCAACUCACCUGUCCGUGCUGAGACGUGAAGAAAGAAACACUCUUCAUCAUGGAUACGAACAUUCUGCGUUGGAUCAUCUUUCUUGGAUGUAUUCAUACAACUUUCACACAAUAUGGAUAUUCACAGCCAGACCCGACAGCACUACCACCACCAACUGAUACCACAGCUGCAGAAGAAACGACACUACCACCACCAACUAGUACUACAACUGCAGCAGAAACGACACUAUCAUCACCAACUGAUACUACAACUGGAGCCCAAAGAGCACAAACGCCAACAACUGAUACAACACCUGGAGUCCAAACAACACUACCACCACCAAUUAAUACUACCACUGCAGCCCUAUCAACAACAACUCCUGCAACUACAACUUCAACUGCAGCCCCAAUAACAACCACUGCUGUAACUACAACUGCAGCCCCAACAACAACCACUGCUGUAACUACAACUGCAGCCCCAACAACAACCACUGCUGUAACUACAACUACAACUGCAGCCCCAACAACAACCACAACUGCAGCCCCAACUACAACUGCAGCCCCAACAACAACCACUAAUGCAACUACAACUACAACUACAGCCCCAACAACAACCAAAACUGCAACCCCAACUACAACUGCAGCCCCAAAAAUGAACAUUACUGCAGCUAGAACUACAACUGCAGCCCCAACAACAGCCAUUGCUGUAACUACAACUACAGCCCAGACAACAACCACUGCUGUAACUACAACUGCAGCCCCAACAACAACCACUGCUGCAACUACAACUACAACUGCAGCCCCAACAACAACCACUACUGCAACUACAACUACANCUACAACACCACAACCAACAACUACUACUACUCCAUCUACAACACCACAACCAACAACUACUACUACUCCAUCUACAACACCACAACCAAGAACUACCACUACUGCAUUUGCAACACCACUACCAACAACUAUUACUACUGCACCUACAACACCACAACCAACAAAUACUACUACUCCAUCUACAACACCACAACCAACAAAUACUACUACUCCAUCCACAACACCACAACCAACAACUACUACUAUUACUACUGCAACUGCAACUACACCACCACUACCAAUAACUAAUACAACUGCCCCUACAACACCACAACCAACAACUACUACUACCACCCCUACAACACCACAACCAACAACUACUACUACUACACCUACAACACCACAACCAACCAUUACUACUACUGCCUCUACAAUACCACAACCAACAACUACUACUACUGCACCUACAACACCACAACCAACAACUACUACUAAUGCCUCCACAACAUCACAACCAACAACUACUACUAAUGCCUCUACAACACCACAACCAACAACUACUACUAAUGCCUCUACAACACCACAACCAACAACUACUACUAAUGCCUCUACAACACCACAACCAACAACUACUACUGCACCU